AUAUAAUACAAAUUAAUUCAAUUAACUUAGAACCACAAAACACAUAAGACGUGCAUAAGACUUAGAACUUAGAACCACUUUUGUGCUCACUAUUUUUUGUUUUUAUAACAUAACCAAACUUUUUGAAGACUGAUGCGUCUGUUGAUUUUGAUAUUAUAAAAAAUGGAUGAUCAAGAAGAACCAAUAAAUCAGAUUACAGAUGAUAUUAUUGAAAAUCAUGGGAUUGAAGCAAGUGAAGUUGAACUGGCGCAACAGGAAAAUGAAUUUACCGAGGUUCUGCUAGAAUAUGUCGAGCCCGAAAGCAUAGCAGGAAUAGGUGAGGUUACAGAAAAUCAAGAAGGCCCAAUAAAUGUUGGAAUCCUUAAAGAACAACCAGGUAUGGGAGCUGCUACCCAAGAACAUUCGUAUGCAUCAUCUGCUAAAUUUUCUAGUGAGGAAACUUCAAAGCAGGAAGGAAACCAUCUGGUACCUAAAACUCACUGUUCUCAUGUUGAAAAUGAGGAUGAAAAUGCAAGUUGCUUUACCUGCUAUCUUGCCAAUAAAAAGAAUAAACUAACAGCUCACAUGAAAGAACUCGAAGCAAUCAAAGAAAAACACACACCAAUUUCUGUCUCAAAUUCGUCAUAUUCUCAUCACAAUUUCUGUAAAGAAUGUAAGAGACACUAUAAAUACACAAUUGGUUUUGAUGAUCAUAUAUUGAAAAACCAUCCAGAUAAAAUUUCAAUAGUUACUAGUAAAGUAUUUUUUUGCACAAAUUGUAAAUAUCAAACUACCUAUAAGCGUGACUAUGAGAAACAUAUGCUGAUGCAUAGUCAGCCACCCAGUAAGCCACAUCCUUGCCCACAUUGUAGAGCAACACCUAAAAGCAGGUUGGCUUUAGAUGACCACAUACUUAUUAGACAUCCAAUUUUUGUUGACACAAUUCAAAGUAAAGUAUAUCAUUGUAAGCAGUGCGGUCACAAAACUGUUUUUAAAUCAGAAUUUGAGAGUCACAUGUUGAAACAUCAGCCAAACAUUUCUAAAGAUUCUCGAAUAUUUAUUUGUACAGAUUGCAAUGAAAAGUUUAGUAGUACAGUAUUAUUACGUCAACAUAUACUCAAUGACCAUUCUGCUGGCGAAUACGAGCCUAAAGCCCACGUUAUCAUAAAAUAUUCGGGAAGGGUAUCUGACGAUUCUUCUGCAUUUGUUUGCACAACUUGCGAUAAAAAAUUUAAGAGUAGAACAUGGCUGCGUCAUCAUGUAAUAAGGAAACAUCCCAAAUUUACAUCUCGUGUUUUAAGUAAAAUUCAUGGGUGCCCAGAAUGUGAGUUUAAAACAAUAUUCAAAAGUGAUUUAGCUAGACAUAUGAUAAAGCAUUCUGAGAUCAAAUAUAGCAAUAUCAACAUCACCCCACCAGAUUUAGAUGAUCAAAUAUCUGAAACUCUUGAUGAGUCUGAACCUAGUGAAACACUGAAUUGUCCAAAUUGCGACUUUAAAACUACAGACAAGAAAACAUUUGAUGUUCAUGUGUUGGAACAUUCUCAGACAAAACUUGUCAGUUUAUUCUCUUGUGCAAAAUGUGAUGCACAUUUCACAAAUAAAAUACAUCUUGAUCAGCACCUACACAAAAACCAUUCUAGAGCUAUACAUUUAAUGACAUAUAAAUUACUUCGAUGUCCCGGAUGUACAUAUCAAAGUAAAUUUAAGUCAAAAAUGUCUAAGCAUGUUUCUAUAGAACAUCCUGAGAUGAUACAUGAUGAUAGUAGUAGAUAAGUCAUAAUAAUUUUAUUUAUUCUAAACAACUUUAACUUUAUUUUUCUUUGGAAUCCUCUUGCGGUAUUUUUUGAUAUAACUAUUUGAAAUGUUAUAUGUAACAUAUAAUGUUAUUCAAUAUAUCGUCGGACAUCUGACAAUACCUGCUAUAUGCAGAAACCGUAAUUUUACAGGGGACAAAAAAAAACCUUAUCAAUUUUAUACUACCGGCCUUAAGGCUCUACAACUUUGGUCACAAAAAAUGAUUGACGUUUAACACAUAUUUAAUGCGUUUUUAUGCAAAUGAAGCUCUAAUUGACAAAAUUAGUGCAGAUCGCUGAUACUUCUGCUAACUUUCUUUGCAGUUAGCAGAUUUAUGAACUAUGAUGCAUUGAUGGAUUUAGUGAGAUUCGUGUUAGAAAAACUGUUAUUCAUUAUAUCAAAUUAAAAGAUUAAUGCUUUUACAAAUCACAAAGAUAAUAGCAUGUAUUCUCAGUUACACCUUAAAUGAACGUUCAUCUUCUUUCCUUGACAUAAGGCGAAUUGUCGUAAAACAUGUAACAGUCCUUAGAUAUAACACUUAAAAUCUGAAAUGACAGGGAGCUGUUUUGGUCUCAUAGGCAACUCCUGAGGCUUUACACUGAAGUCUAGUUUCACUUCAAUUUUUCCAUCGGGAUUAUAACAUAGUACUUUGAUGUCCGUGACUACAUUGUCCCUGCCUGGUCUAAUUGUUGAAUAUUGCUGCACCUUUGUUCGAGAGUAGUCCUUGAAGAAGUCGUAACUCAAUUUGAUCACCUCAUAUGGCUCUGGUUUUGCCCUAGCUUCUUUUGAUGCCUUAACAUAGUCAUUUGGUAAUUCAAUAACUCUAUUUCCUAGUUUUCUUUAAAUGCAACUGUGUACAGAGUCACAUUCCAUUUGGGUUUGUCCUUUGGUGAGAUAUUUCUGAGAAAUCACAACGUCGUGUUUGGUUGCAGAGUUAAGAAAAAUAGCACGCGUAAUUGUCAGAUAGCUGGAAUUGCCGCUCAUUGCCAGCGGUAGGUAUUGUUUUGGCUGAAUAAUUCAAAAACUAAAUUUUUCUGCAGUUAGCGGAAUCUAUCACAAUGUGCGCUGUAGGUAGACAAAGAAAAAUGUGCAUAUACCUCAAAUUGGGUAAAAAUGUCAGGAUAGCAGGUAUUGUCAGAUGUCCGACGCUAUUGUGCAUGUAAUUAUUGUGAAUAGAAGCUUUCAAUAUGUUUUAGAAUUAAUAAAUGAUAUUUCAAUGAUAA